AUGAAGAUCAAUGUGGAUGGUAGUUCGCUUGGUAAUCCAGGUAAUGCAGGUGCUAGUGGUGUCUUACGGGACAAUGAAGGCAAGGGUAGCCAUGAUGAAAAAGGUUUUGACUUUGCAUUUAUGGAUGCUGACAAGGAAAAUUAUUUGGAAUAUCAUGAGACACUGAUGAAACUAGUUAAGGUGGGAGGGAUUAUUGCAUAUGAUAACACUAUGAUGUUUGGUGCAGUUGCAAUGGGGGAAAAUGAUGAGAUGCCACCAUUCAUGAGGAAAUACAGAGGCCCCUUGAUGACGUUAAACAGCUUCUUAGCUUCUGAUCCUCGGAUUGAACUCUAA